AUGGAGCCCGAGCUGGCGGCUCAGAAGCAGCCCCGGCCGCGGAGGAGAAGCCGUCGGGCCUCUGGGCUGAGCGCGGAGGGCGCCGCGGGGCCUUCUGCCGACACGCCCGGGCCGGGGCCGGAGGAGAGAUACUCCCUUCGGAGAGGUAGCUCCUUCACAUUUUUAACACCUGGCCCCCAUUGGGACUUCACUUUGAAAAGAAAACGAAGAGAGAAAGAUGAUGAUGUUGUAAGCCUCAGCAGCCUUGAUCUGAAGGCUGUACGUAGUGAUGGCAGACACAGGCGCCUGAGGAGACUGGCCCUUAAUCUGUGCCAACCACGGAGGGAAGAAAAGGCAAUAUAUGAAAUGUCCCGAGGUGAGCAGGAUUUAAUUGAAGAUCUCAAGCUUGCAAGAAAGGCCUACCAUGACCCCAUGUUAAAGUUGUCAAUCAUGUCAGAAGAAGAACUCACACACAUAUUUGGUGAUUUGGACUCUUACAUACCUCUGCAUGAAGAUUUGCUGGCAAGAAUAGGAGAAGCAACCAAGCCUGACGGGACAGUGGAGCAGAUCGGCCACAUUCUGGUAGACUGGCUACCAGGCUUGAACGCCUACAGAGGCUACUGCAGCAACCAGCUGGCAGCCAAAGCUCUGCUUGACCAAAAGAAACAGGAUCCAAGAGUCCAGGACUUCCUCCAGCGAUGUCUUGAGUCUCCCUUCAGUCGAAAACUAGAUCUUUGGAGCUUCCUAGAUAUCCCUCGAAGCCGCCUAGUCAAAUAUCCUUUACUGUUGAAAGAAAUUCUUAGACACACUCCCAAAGACCACCCUGAUGUCCAGCUUCUAGAGGAUGCUGUACUGAUAAUACAAGGAGUUCUCUCUGAUAUCAACUUGAAGAAAGGUGAAUCCGAGUGCCAGUAUUACAUCGACAAGCUGGAGUAUCUGGAUGAAAAGCAGAAGGACCCUAGAAUUGAAGCGAGCAAAGUCCUGCUGUGCCACGGGGAGCUAAAGAACAAAAACGGACACGUACGUGCCUCUGACGUCCACGGGGGCGGCUGCCACUCUCCCUUCCCGCCCUGUUUAGUCUUUGCAUGUAAAUGGUGAUGCAGGUUUGUAAGAGUAAAUUCAUGACGUACUAAAAAUAUCUUUAGAGUUCGCUUCCAAGACCCCUCUCCAGGCCAGUCUCACACUCUGCAAGCCAAUGACGUGUUCCACAAGCAGCAGUGGUUCAAUUGUAUCCGAGCCGCCAUCGCACCUUUCCAGCCUGCGGCCAGCCCGCCAGAGCUGCAGGGCCUGCCCGAGCUCCACGAAGAGUGCGAGGAGAACAGCCCUUCCGCCGGGAACCUCCGAGCCCAGAGGAGGGUGUCCACGGUUUCCAGCGUCACUCAGGUAGAAGGUGAUGAGAAUGCUGCAGAGUGCGGCUCCGGCGUGCAGACGGCAGAACACGCCAGGAGCGUGAAGGCGCGCCAAACACAGCCCAGCUUCCAGAGAGCGCGGGACAAGGCCCAGUCGAGUGGCAAACGGAAAGAGACUCUGGUCUAGAGGAAGCUGUGUGUGACCGCGCAGGGACUGUUUAUUUAUAAAUGUGUACAGUUUUGUUUCUCUUGUAAUGUGAGCAUGGGAGCAUCCAUGGGGUUGCUAUAUACCAGUUGUAAUGUUUUCAUUGUUUCUGGUUCUUUUUCUUUUCUCUCUUUUUUUUAAUGGCA